AUGCCAAAAAUAAAAUCAAGAAGACGCUCAAGAAAUAACAUCAAGAAUGAUGAUAAACAAUUAUCAAUACCUAAGUUAGAUUACGAUUCCUUUCGUAUAAUCUUAUGGUUCUACCUUCCACCAGAGAUAACUUUG